AUGCCGGUCAAUGAGCGAGCGUUGCUCCCGUUCUCCGGUUGCACGGCGCUGAAUCACAGCGUUCCGCGCGCCUCAUCUCCAAACAACUCGGCCUUCAAUCCUUUCUCGUUUAGCACGUUAGAUCCGGCUCUGCAAGCAGCUAGUUCCGAGAUAUCACCAUUUUACGCCACAAAUCCAAACGUUUCCGGUUUCGCAGCGUCCGAGAAAUUUAUGCUCGAGCUCUCGGAAGUACCAAUGUUUACCCAUACCGAGCUCAUGUGGAUUGAAGCACCAAAUGAAAUGGCCACUAUGUCCACCGAUGAUGUUGAGCACUGUCCAGAGCUUCUCACCUGUCUGGAUUCGGACUCGUCCUCUCCGCAGCAGCUCCUCGACGUCUGUUUCUCUGAGACCGCGGAUUCAUCAUCCUCAUCCUCAACAAUAUCUUCCUACCUCUUCGAACAGCAGCAACAGCCAACGAUCCUCGACGCAGAGGACCGCAACGACGACGAAAUACCUUUCCCGGAAGCUGAGACCGAGACAGACCUCGAAGUCCCCGAAGAUCUCCACCAAAUGGGCCGCCGCGCCAGCGGUGAUGGCGUCGACGGCGACGGCUGGAUUUGCCGCUGGGGGUCCUGCAAGCAGAAGAGAGUCUUUCACCGCGCCUGUGAUCUCCGGAAGCAUUUCGCCACGCACCAAAAGACGCAUGCAUGCGCGCAAGCCGACUGUGCCAUGGUCUUUGCUUCGGCCAAGGAUCUCCGACGGCAUAGCGCAUCGCAUAUGCCGCAGAUAGCCUGCGCCGCGGCGGGAUGCCCUCGUAUCGUCUACUCCGCCGAUGACAAGGAAGCUUUCUGGCUUUCUUACUGA